GGCUGUGAAAAGCAUUUUACGGAAACAUAUACUUGCUCUCAUAGAAAUUCUCAUGGGGCUUCUCUUCUCUUUCUUUGCCCUAGGGAUGCCUUGGGCCGAACAGCACUGCAUCUGAUUAUUGUGCACUGGCCCAAUAUAGUCCAAGACUGGAUCGUACCAAAGACCAAGUUCGAGAAAGCCAUGGCGGGCAUGCAGAGCCGGGCUGAAUGGUGCCUGCAGCUGCUGUGCCAGCGUGGGGUGCAGGUCAACGUGGCCACCCAGACCAGGAGUCGGGACACAGCGAUGCACCUGGCUGUGCGUCAUGGAGCCUGGCGGGCAGUGCCCAUCCUGGCACGGUAUGGUGCCAACCUAGAGGCAGCUAACCAGCAUGGCAUGACCCCACUGCACAUGGCCAGCGGGCUGCUGGACCGGCACAUGGUGGAGGAGCUGCUGGGCCGGGGAGCACGGGUGAACAGCAAGGUGGUGGGCAGUGGCAGCACACCACUCCAGUUGGCUGUCUGCGCCGCCUCAGGCAAGGGGGCGCAGCAACUCGGGGCUGGGCUGGACUGCGUGCGGGUACUUCUGGCAGCAGGCGCCAGCGUUGAUGCCCAAGAUCAGCAAGGGAGGGCAGCAGUGCACGAGGCAUGUUUUGGGGGACGGCAGGAGCUCAUUGACCUGUUGUUGGAGCAUGACGCUGACUUGGGCCUGCGCACCAAGCUGGGCGAGUCGCCCCUCUCCCUCUUCCUGGAGCGCCGGCCCAAUCUCCGGUGCAGCCACCUGCUGGCCAAACUGCUUAGCCUCUCCUGUCCUCUGCGGAUUGCCAGUGGGCAGGGGGGUCAGCUGCCUAGCGGGCUGCUAUGCCCAGAGUUCUGCCAGCACCGGGAGUUCCUAUUAGCCCUGAGCCAGGAGCCACCAGCCCUCCAGGAUCUCUGCCGGGUGGCAGUCAGGAAGGUCUACGGCCACCGGCAGAGGCAGCGUCUCAAAGAGAUCUUGCCCACUUCAGUGUGGCAGUUUGUUUACGGUUACAGGGACUAUGCUAAGAGGCUGGCAGAGAUAGAGGCAAUAGAACAACUGAACUGUGAGGGUCAAGGGGACCUGGCCAACAGCCUGCUCCGCAUGCACCUCUGAGUGGAUACUGAUGUUACCAACGUACUUUUUAAUUUAUAUUUUCAUGCAUCCAGUAGGAAUUGGUACUGGAGCCCAAGUAGUUUUUAAUAUCACUCAGUGAUGGAGAACAACUCUGACAAUGGAACAGUCAGAACAAAAUAAAGCAGUUUUGAUAAGAUUCCUUCAUUUAUAAAGUGUUUACGGCACAGAGCAGAUCAUUUAGCCCAACUGCUAGAUCAGUUUUUGUACUCCACAGGAGCCUCCUCCCAUCCCUCUCUAUCUUCAGCACGUUCUAUUUUUUUCAGUUGUGUGUUCAUUCAGCUUCCAGUUAAAUAUAACUAUUCAACUCAAUCACAAUUUGUGAUAGCAAGUUCCACAUUCUCUCUGCUCUCAGUAAAAACAUUUCUCUUCAAUUCUCAAUUGAAUUUAUUAGUAAUGGUCUCAUAUUUAUGGGCUUUAGUUCUGGUCCCCCUGCCACAAGAGGAAACACCCCUUCACAUCUUCCUUACAAACUCUUUCAUAAUCUUAACAAAUUCCAUUAGGUGAUCUUCUAGGACAAGAAACAGUUCCAGCCUAUUUAAUCUUUCCAGAUAGGUAUGACCUCUCAAUUCUGGUUUCAGUUCUGUCAAUCCAAAUUUCUCCAGUGCCUCUGUAUUCUUUCUAUAUUAUGAAUGAUUACUGACAGUACUGAAGACAGUGAGUAGUCUUCUAUACAUGAAGCAAAACUUCCCUGCUUUUCAAUUCUCUCUCUACCUGUUUACCUUUAUGGCCUUGUUAACCUUGUGUCCUCAGUUUCCAGUACACCAAAAAAGAACUGUCAUUUGUAAAUUUUAAAUUUGUACUUCUGAAUCCAUGUGCAAAUUAUUUACAUAAAUGGUGAUCAAGAGUGUACCCGGCAUCAAUCCUUAUGGAACAUCACUCCACAUCCUUUAGUAGUUUAAGUAACUAUCUUUCAGCCCUACUCUGUUUCUUAUUUUGUAACCAGUUUGCUACUUUUGCCCCACAUACUCUGACAUGGCUCACAACUCUACUAUGUGGAACCUUAUCAAAGGUGAACACAUGUUUUCUGUAAAUCAUCUGAUAUGUCAAUCCCUUUAUUUAUUUAGUGGGAAUUUUUUGCAGUUUUGCUCUCCUGAAACAAACUCAGAUCUGACAGAGAUGGUAUUUGGUGUGCCUUUUGCUCACAUCGUGCAUUUGACUAAGGUUUCAAGAUAUUGUGAACCAAAUCUAAAUAUUUUCCCAAACAUGCCACUGUUUAAGUGAAACACAACAUUCAUACUUUUAAAAAUAAAACGUUGUUAUCUAA